ACAACUGUUAAAUAUAACUACAAAGAAAGCUAAUGGAAGCUGUAAACUUGAAAUAACUAUUUCAGAGAGAGAGAGAGAGAGAGAGAGAGAGAGAGAGAGUUUAACCAAUGCUUACAAAUAGCUUUCCACUGACUUGUGUGGACACAGUUCACUCUUCCGUCUUCUUGGUUCAUACGUCUCAAACAUUUAUCAUAUUAAAUAAAGCAGGAUUUAAACUGUAUUUCUCAGUUAUUACCUCUGGGUGUCACUAUUAUAUUAGAUAACAUCAGACCAAGUGGUCCCUCCCCUUUCAAAGCUUUUGUUUCCUCGUGAAGAGAGCAAAGACGGUUUUUGACUCGAGACAACCAGUCGAUGGAAUUCAUCUUUUCGGUUGAAAAUAUGUGGUAUUAAGCGUGUUGGACAUAAAUAACUCUACGUGGAAGUAGCAGGUUUUUGUGAAUAUUUGUCUUGUUGGAUUACGAUGGGAAUUGACACAAAAACGCGAACAAUGGGCUUCUACUGCUUUGCUUUUUAUUCGUCUUUACUGCUGAUGUUCGGGACACAGGCUUCAGCUCAGACACGGUACUCUAUCCCAGAGGAGCUGAAAGAGGGAAGUGUUGUUGGAAAUGUUGCAAAGGAUCUUGGUCUUGACACCACCUCUUUGACUGAUCGACGGUUCCGUGUUGUGUCUGGCAGUAAGGACGCUAUAUUUGAAGUCAACCAUAAUAACGGGGUAUUGUAUGUUCACCGGCAUAUUGACAGGGAGGAGCUCUGUGAGGGCACAGGUGCAUGCCUCAUGGAGCUCAAAAUCCUUGUUGAAAACCCUUUGGAAAUACACUACGUUGUUGUGGAAAUUAUUGACGUUAAUGACCAUGCUCCUAGUUUCCCAGAAAAAGAACAGAUAUUUGAAAUAGCUGAGCACACAUUACCGGGAAAGCGAUUUAAACUGCACGCUGCCAGCGACCCAGAUGCCGGAAUCAACUCUAUUCGUACAUACACUUUGACUUCAAAUGAACAUUUUGAAGUAAAUAUCCGUCAAGGUGAUUCGGGUAAGAUACCGUUUUUAGUGCUGAAGAAAUCGUUAGACAGAGAACAAAAGGACAAACACACGCUGCUGCUGACAGCAAUUGAUGGAGGUAAACCUCAAAAAUCAGGAACAUUAAAUGUUACUAUUAUUGUUCUUGACAGCAAUGAUAACCGUCCAAUGUUUAGUCAGGAGAUUUAUCAAAUUGAAAUACAAGAAAACGUUAAAAUUGGCACUUCAAUAUUUAAAAUGAAUGCAUCAGAUCCAGAUGAAGGAAUUAAUGGGGAAGUAGAAUACACCCUCGGAAAAACCUUGAUUCAGAAAGUGUAUGAACUUUUUGAAAUGGACAAGAUAACAGGAGAUAUUAGAGUUAAUGGGGUCGUUGAUUACGAAGAAAAAGAUUUAUAUGAGCUGGACAUUGAGGCCUCUGAUAAAGGAACGCCUCCACUGACCGGUGAGUGUAGAGUUAUCAUAAAAAUAAAAGACAUCAAUGAUAAUCCCCCUGAAAUAGAAGUGACAUCACUGUCAAAUACAGUGCCUGAAGAUUCAAAGCCUGGAACAGUUAUUUCUCUUCUUAGUUUGAUAGAUAGGGACUCUGGUGUCAAUGGAAAAAAUAUUUUACACAUAUCGAAUGACGUACCUUUCGAGUUAAAACCUUCAUAUAAGGAAAACAUUUAUUCAAUUGCCACCAAGGAUGUCUUAGAUCGAGAGCAAGUCUCACAUUAUGACAUAAUUAUAAAAGCCACUGAUUGUGGUGACCCUCCCUUAUCUACUUUUAAAACUCUCAGUAUUCAGAUAUCAGAUGUGAAUGACAACAGUCCACAUUUUGAACAAAACCCUUUACAGUUUUAUCUGGUAGAAAAUAACGUUGCUGGAGCUUCAAUAUUCUCUGUGAGCGCAACAGAUGAAGACAUAAAUGAAAAUGCAGCUAUUUCAUAUCAUAUUGUGAGGGAAGGAAGUCAAAAUGGUAUGAUAUCAUUUAUUAAUGUAAACUCUGAAAACGGACACAUAACCGCGUUGAAAAGUUUCGACUUUGAAACAGUGAAAACGUUCCAGUUCCAAGUUGUGGCCACAGAUUCUGGAACUCCGUCACUAAGCAGCAACGUCACAGUGAACGUGUUCAUUCUGGAUCAGAACGACAACGCUCCAGUCAUCCUGUAUCCAGUCAGCUCCAACGGGUCUGCUGAAGGUGUGGAGGAGAUUCCCCGCAAUGUGAACGCAGCACACUUGGUGACUAAAGUCAGAGCCUAUGACGCUGAUAUAGGAUAUAACGGCUGGUUACUGUUUUCACUGCAGGAAGUGACUGAGCACAGUCUCUUUGCUUUGGACCGCUAUACAGGACAGAUCAGAACACUUCGCUCAUUCACAGAGACAGACGAGGCUGAGCAGAAACUGGUCAUACUGGUCAAAGACAAUGGAAACGUUUCCCUCUCUGCAACAGCUACUGUCAUUGUCAAAGUCGUGGAGCCCAAAGAGGCUUUUGCUGCUUCUGAUGUUAAAAGUGCAACAAACGAUGAUGAGGAGAGUAAUGUCACUUUUUAUCUCAUGAUAACUUUGGCCUCAGUUUCAGCACUUUUUCUCAUCAGCAUCAUCGUGCUCAUUGCAAUGCAGUGCUCCAAAUCAACAGACUACACUUCCAAAUACCUACAAGAGACUAAUUAUGACGGGACACUGUGUCACAGCAUCCAGUACAGAUCUGGAGAGAAACGCUACAUGUUAGUGGGACCCAGAAUGAGUAUAGGAUCUACUAUAGUCCCGGGCAGCCAUGCCAACACACUAGUGCUACCUGACAGGAGAAUGGCAUCUGGAGAGGUGAGGCCAGUUUAA